AUGAAAUUAUUACUUGUACAACUCGGCCACCCGCCCGGCCCGCUCGCGCAUCGCUACCAUGUAGGGGGAAGGAGAGAGAAAACAAAACCUUCCUUAAGGAAAUGGAGACAGCUGAGUGGGCGGGAAAGGGGGGAGGAUAAAAACCAAGCGGAGAAGGCUCUGGCCAGUGAAUGGGGCAACACUGAAAGCCGGAUAGGGGUGUGCAGUGCCACGCUCUGGCCGGAGGGUGGCACCGCCCAGCGCCUUCGGCAAAAAAAAGGGGAGGGGCGAGGGUGCGAGUUCCCAGAGAGGCGGCGGGGACGCAGGCGACCCCCGCGCGCUGUCUCUCCAGUCAUUCUAAAUCCUAAACUCUCCCUGCAGGCGUUUACUGCAGCUGUUUAUGAGCAUGCGGUGAUACUGCCUAAAGCCACGCUGACAGUUCUGUCCCAUGAGGAGGCAUUGGCUCUCAUGAACCAAAAUCUGGACCUUUUGGAGGGAGCGAUCACAUCUGCAGCAAAGCAGGGUGCACAUAUUAUUGUGACUCCAGAAGAUGUGAUUUAUGGCUGGAACUUCAACAAGGAAAUUAUCUAUCCAUACUUGAAGGAUAUCCCAGACCCUCAAGUAAACUGGAUCCCUUGCAACGAUCAACAGCAAAACCUAUUCAUGGGUGAAGAUCAAUUCAGUACACCCAAGAGGCCUGAGAUGGUGACUUUCGACACCACCUUCGGAAGGUUUGGCAUUUUCACCUGCUUUGAUAUUCUCUUCCGUAAGCCUGCGGUUACCCUGGUGAUGGACACCAUUCUCUUCCCGACAGCAUGGAUGAAUGUUUUACCACAUUUGUCAGCUGUCGAAUUCCACUCUGCCUGGGCGAUGGGCAUGGGAGUCAAUUUCCUUGCAUCCGAGAUACAUUAUCCCCCAUAUAAUAUGACAGGAAGUGGCAUCUAUGCGCCCGAUUCUCCAAGAGCAUUUCAUUAUGAUAUGAAGACAAAGGAGGGAAAGCUCCUCCUUGCACAGCUGGAUUCCCAUCCACGCCGCUCGGGCACAGUGAACUGGACCUCUUAUGCCAGUGGCAUAAAAGCACUCUCAACGGGGAACCGGGAGUUUAAGGGCCUUGUCUUUUUUGAUGAGUUCACCUUCGUGGAGCUCAUGGGAAGCACUGGAAAUCACACAGUUUGUCAGAAAGAUCCCUGCUGCCAUCUAAACUACCAGAUGUCUGAGAAGCGAUCCGAUGAAGUUUAUGCCCUAGGGGCAUUUGAUGGACUACAUACUGUUGAAGGAACCUAUUAUCUACAGAUUUGUACUCUGUUAAAGUGUAGAACAACUGAUGUAAGGACUUGUGGUGACUCUGUUGAAACUGCUUCUACCAGAUUUGAAAUGUUCUCCCUCAGUGGCAAUUUUGGCACCCAAUACGUCUUCCCUGAGGUGUUGCUGAGUGAAAUUCAGCUUGCACCCGGAGAAUUUCAGGUGUCAAGCAAUGGACGCUUGUUCAGCCAGAAGCCAACAUCAGUGCCUGUCUUGACAGUGACGCUGUUUGGGAGGGUGUAUGAGAGGGAUUUGACAUCAGAUGCUCCAGCAGGCCUCACAGCAGAAGCACUCAGACUGAUGAUAACUGUUAUAAUAUCUACUAUGUCCUCAUUAAGUUGGUAG